AUGGAGUACACACAGCAGCGCAUGGUCCAAGAGGCCGCAAAGCACGCGGAAACCUCCACCUCCCUCAUCACACCCCUCAACACCGUCCUCCUCGGCCUUGUCGUCUACGUAGGCUACCAACUCUUCAAAUCCUCCCCGCCCCCAACCCUCCCCAAACAGGAACCCCCGACCGUCUUCCGCACCUUCACGCCCCAAACACUCCUCGAAAACAACGGCCGCGAUGGCAAACCCAUCCUCCUCGGCAUCCGCGGCCGCGUGUUCGACGUCUCGCGCAAGCCGCACUUCUACGGCCCCGGAGGCCCCUACGAGAACUUUGCGGGCAGGGACGCCACGCAGGGGUUGGCCAAGGGGAGCUUCGAUAAGGAGAUGUUGACGGAGGAUUUGACGGCGCCGCUGUAUGAUCCGGAGGCGUUGAAUGCGGAGGAGAGGGAGGCGCUUAUGGGGUGGGAGGAGAGCUUUUCGGGGAAUUAUCCGGUUGUGGGACGGUUGAUUUCUCAGGCCGAGUUUGAUGCUUUGAAGAAGGAGUGA